CCUGAUGCGCUCGACGAGACCUUGGGCCGCCUUUCUAGGAAACCAGGCGUCAGGGCAACGAUGGUGCUGGACCGUGCCACGGGAAGCAUCUUGAAGACGAGCGGCCCUGUUGGCUCAGUCCGGAAAACGAAGACGUCUGGAUCCUCGGCGCCCGCUGUCGGGACUUUCACCCAGGAAGCCGACGGAAGCAGCGCCGACCACGACCAGGGCGCAGAGGAACUGGCGGCAAUGAUAUGGAAUUUUGUCAGUACCGCUGGCAGCUUUGUGCAAGAACUCGACAGCGAGGAUGAAGUGAAAUUGCUACGCUUGCGGACCAAGAAGCAAGAAUUUGUCAUUGUUCCCGACUCCAAGUACCUAUUGAUUGUGGUUCACGACACCUCAGCAUGA